CGGGGCUCCCCCCGCCACGUGACAGGGUCCGCGGCCGCCGCGCCGGGGCGAUGCCCGGCGGGAAGCGGAAGAGAUUUUGGAAUGCAGAAUGCACACCCUUCCCAGAUGAGACACCCCUAUGUCCGAAAAAGUCAAAUGUCAGGACAUCACUGGCUGCUACUUCGAUUUCCAAUGCGUGGCUUAGGUGUGGGGAUGGUUUUCAGAGCACUUCAGUGCUGGAGCACCAGAGACCUACUAAUAAGAAAUCCAGGAUGAAGAAGCAUCUUGGACCACUGUUAACAUCUGCUGAAAGUGCAGCAAAUGCUGAUGCUGCUGCUGAAAGCUCUAGGGAAGCUGAGGACAUAAUAUGGACCUCUAGUGGCAGUGAUUUUUCAGACAAUGAAAAUAAAACAUUGAUUCCAAGGUUGCACAGCAAAAAAAAUCACACUUCCAAAACAGAGGAAUUGCCUAGCAGACAUGAUUUAUUGUUGGAGGACAAAAGCAGUGAAGAUGAAUUGGAGUUCAUCGAUUGGGAGAACGAUAGUGAUUCUACCAAUAAGUGCGAUGGAUCAGAAAAAGAUGACAGCUUACUAGAGAUAUCAGACUCGGACUCUUGCACAAAUAUUAAUUCCCUGCCUGUUAGAGAAGAGAAUGAUGAGCUUUGUAAGGGUCCUACUGCCUUGCUGGGGCCGGAGGAUGAAACAGCGAGUCUGGCUGUGGCCCCUCACUACAAGAAGGACAUUGGGGUGCUUGAGCGCGUCCAGAGAAGGGCAACCAAGCUGGUGAAGGUUCUGGAGCAAAAAUCGGGUGGGCUAGCUGAGAGGUUAUGUCGGCUGCAGAACAGAGAAAGAUCUGCCAUUAGCUUUUGGAGGCACCAGUGUAUUUCGGAUGCAAAAAUCCCCUCAGAUAAUUCUGGUGUCUUAAUUGUGAAGAUCUUAGAAAUAUUUGAGGAGUGUACAAUACAAGUUGCCAUCUGCCAGCAGCUAGAACAGCCUCCUGCUACGCUUUCACCCGAGGAUGCAGUCGUCAGUGCAGAAGAACCGAUACUCAAAGUCCUCUUUACAAGAGAGACAGCAGCUCACCUCAAGAGCAGACCACAGGAUGUCAUCCACAUCUAUCCCCCGUGGCAAAAAUUGCUUCUCAGAAAUGCAGAUGUUCCUGUUAUCAUGAAUACCUACUUCAGUCAGAAGGUGCUACUCAGUGAAUAUUCCGAAGCCAGAGAGAAGACAUGUGGUCUUACAAAGAUGCUUAUCAGGAAGAAUAUUAUCUCUUUGGCACAGACCUUCAGACUAGAUGACCUUGAUGAUGAGGUACACCAGGAAUCUUCAGAUAAUCGGGUUGCUUGUGCUCCACAAAUCCAUAACAACUGUGAUUUGAAACGGCAUCCCUUAGCACGGAGUGCUGUUAAUGAUUCUCUGCUUGAAAUGGUGGAAAGCCAGGGAGCAGUGGGAUGGAGAGAAGCACAGGUACAAGUUGUUAUCCAGAGGGUGUACUGUUUGCCUGCAAGACAAGGUUACAGAAGCCACGUUCAAGGAAACAAGCCUCUUUGUGCAACACCCAUCAUGAAUACAGAUCCACCAAAUGUUAGGUUAUGCCUCCUUGUCCAGGAUGCCUAUGGCAUGUUCAGUGAAGUGCAGCUGCAAUCCCUGAGUUCCACAGAUGACAUUGAACAGUACUGCAGGAGAUGGGAAGGAAAAUUCUGCUGCUUAGCUGGAAUGAAAAUUUUACAGAGAACUACAAGAGGAAGGGCAUUAGGACUUUUUAGUCUGAUAGACAGUCUGUGGCCUCCAGUAGUGCCUGUAAAAGUUCCCGGACAAAGUCAAGACGCUGAAAUGAUGACAGCUAAUCUUCCUCCUCCCAGCUUCUGUUAUAUUCUUACUGUUCAGUCUGGUGAAGUACAUGUGGAAGUGGAUGAGGAAGAACAGAUUUCUAAUUUGUACCAGCCACCAGCUGUUCAUGGUCUAAAGGAAAUUCUUCGGAUCGAUGGUUCUAACAAGCGUUGUAGCUUUGGGGCGCAAGUGCUCUAUCUAAGGCUGCAGACAAAACACAGUGUUCCUGUAAAUCAAAGAGAGAUUUUGUUGUUUGUGACUGACUCCACAUUGCAAGAUGUGGUUCAUAUGAUUCCAAAAGUUGUUGCUGUGGCAGUCACUGCAUCAUGUGUUCUCAGUACGGAAAUCACAGAAGCCCUCAGUGUUGCCUCGCGACUUGUCUUCUUCAAGGAUGCACUGUGGGGAAAUGGUAGGAUUAUUUGUGUUGAACGUACUGUUCUCUUAUUACAAAAGCCUCUUUUGUGCUCGGCUGCCGGUGCUGACCUCAGUGAGCUGACUGGCCCUGUCAGACUCGAUGAGCUGGAUUCUACAACACAGGCCAACUCCAUUUGUGCUCUAAGAGGUACUGUUGUUGGAGUUAAUGAGAGCACUGCUUUCUCCUGGCCUACAUGCGACAGAUGUGGAAAUGGAAAGUUGGAACUGUGUCCCCAGGACAGAGAAUUGCUAUAUUGCAAACAAUGUUCUGAUGUUGUCAUUACACCGGUUUUGAAAAUGCAGCUGGAAGUCUUCUUGAGUUGUCCAUCCCGAUCUCAGAGUACAGUAAAAGUAAAGCUGUUGCAAAGGACGAUCUCUUCUCUCCUGAUGUCCUCCACCAGUGAGGAUGGGACUUACGAGGUGCAGAGCGUGCUGGGAAAGGAGGUGGGGUUAUUGAACUGCUACGUCCACUCUGUAACCAGUCACCCCAACUGUGUUGCACUGGAGGAAAUUGUUCUUCUGGAAGCUGCAGCAAGACAGAGGUGAACUCUAGUCAGCUAUUAUAGUAUCUGUGGACUUUGUAAUGUGGUUAUCUGUUAACUAGUGCCACAGAUAAUGUAUAAUGCAAGUGUGAUAAGCAUUAAGAUAGUUUAUUAAAACUGUGAUUUACAAAGCACAUUGUGCUAUCACUGAAAAUAUCCAUAUAAAAAACCCUGUUUAACUUUCUGAACUCUCCUUUUUCGGACCAGUUCAGAAUUUCAGAAUACAGUUCUUUGGUAUGUUUGCUGUUUAUGUAUGUAAAACACCUUGUUCUGGAAUUUUUAAUGGUUGUGAUUUUUUUGAAUAUAAUACUGUAAAUAUUAUGUGUCAAUGGAAAAUAUUUUACUGAUAUUUUUGAAAUAAAUACUUUGCUAUAGGCAGUGAAUGUUGGUUUAAGCUGAGUUUUAUCAGUGGAUUCUAGACCAGCUGCAAAAUGCUGUCUGGUGCACAAAUUCUGCAUUGUUAUCAUCUUGCAAUAAUUGUUAUAAAGACAGAGAUUUGAAUAAAGCUUAUAUUUUGAAGUGUCAAGC